AUGGAGACGAGCGACCCAUCGGGCAGGUUGGCCGUCGAGGAUCUGUCCGACUGCCGAAGCGAGAGCAGCCACUCGGAGAGCCAGCUGCGAGCGUUUCAAGAUUACGAGAGGAUGAAGGAGUUGAAUUUGUCGGUGGACAAGUCGAAGGAUGAUUGCCAGAUCGAGCCCAAAGACUUUCACCUCGGUCUAGAAUCGGGCAGGGCGUCCAUCCGUUUCGACGAAUUUGAGAACACAGGCAGGAAUCACCCGUUGACGUUGAACAAGGGUAAAGAUUUCGGUUACGUGGCGGGCGGUUUGAACGAGAUGGCGUACACUUUGGACAGAACGGGUGAGAACGACGAGUCGUUGGAGGCCGGCAAUCUGUGCAGGACAAAGAAUCCGACGGCCAAGGAUCUCCUGUUCAAUCUUCGCGAGAACAGGCACAAGAGCACGCACGCGAGCUUGACGUCCCUCUCUGACAGGUACGGAGGUAAGGAUUUGAAUUUCGCCGUUUCGGAGAAGGACAUCAAGGAUUUCGGCCUGCUGAAGAAUUACAGCAUCGAUCGGAUGAAGGAGUUUAAUCUGUCGUUGGACAGGAUGAGGGACAGUCAUUUCGCGUUGGAGAGACUUCGAGGGGGUGGUGGAUUGUUGGAGAAUCCACCGAUGAUGGAGCACGGAGAGUUGAAGAAUAUGCAGAUGCAAUCAAGGAGCCAAGAUCUCGAGGCGAUCGCGCUCGAACGCAUGAGACGAUCGCAUCUGUUGGGCGCCGAUCUCUCCGCCCAGAAUUUGUCCACCCAGAUACCGCAUCCCCAUUCCAUCACGCAGAUGCAACACUCGCAGCAGCAGCAACAACAACAGGCCAAAUCGUUCACCAUCGACGCGAUUCUCGGGUUGAGGAAUAAUCCUAGGGAGAAACGGAAUCAGCAACAGCAGUACAGGAAGCAUCAGGGUCAGGAAGGUGGCGCGAAGAACGGUGGCUCGAGCUCGUGUUCCGGCGGCGGCGGCAAGUUGAAGAGGGUGCGUACGAUCUUCACGGCCGAGCAAUUGGAACGGUUGGAGGGAGAAUUCGCGCGACAACAGUACAUGGUCGGGCCAGAGAGGCUUUACCUGGCGCACGCACUCAGGCUGACCGAGGCUCAGGUGAAGGUCUGGUUCCAGAAUCGGCGGAUCAAGUGGCGGAAGCACCAUCACGAGCAGCAGAGCCAGAGGGUGCACGAGUUCCAGCGUACCCUCAACUCGUCCCUGGAGCACGAGGACAGCAACGAGGCCGACAAAUGGUGA